AUGUCAUUAUCAUCAGAAAUAGCAGGUGCGAUAGAUGAAAACGAUUUUUCAACACCUUUACCAACCACAACAACAACCAAUAGAAUAAUGAAUGAUGAGAAUAUAUCAAUAACUCAAAGAAUGAUAAGUGCAUGUUCAGGAAGUUUAAUAACUUCUUUAGUUGUAACUCCAUUUGAUGUAAUAAGAAUUAGAAUUCAACAACAAGGUAUACUACCUCAAAAUGAACCAUGUUGUCAAGUUCAUUUCCCUGGACAUUUCACCAAGACUAUAAAUCCUCAACAAAUAACGGCACCUGAAUUAUUUUGGAUUCAUAAUAAUUAUUGUAAAAGUGGUGCUGAAAAUUGUACCAAGAUUACAUCAACUUUUCAAGGUUUUGCAACUGUUGCUAAACAUGAAGGGAUAGCGACUUUAUGGAGGGGUCUUUCAUUAACUUUAUUCAUGGCAAUACCGUCAAAUAUAAUAUAUUUCACUGGAUACGAAUAUAUACGAGAUCAUUCACCAUUUCAAAAUUUACCAAUUAAUCCAUUGUUAUGUGGUGCAUUAGCAAGAAUGAUUUCUGCAACUUCUGUUGCUCCUGCUGAAUUAAUCAAAACUAGAUUACAAUCUAUACCUACUGAUUCAAGAAAUUCAUCUCAUGUGUUGAGUAACUUACUAAAAGAUUCUUUUGCAAUGGUUAAAAAACAAGGGAUAAGUACGCUUUUUAAAGGGUUACAGAUUACUUUAUGGAGAGAUGUACCUUUUUCGGGGAUUUACUGGUCAAGUUAUGAAGUGUUUAAACAGAAAAUUGGACACUUGUUAAAAACAGAUUUUAAUAACACCACAACACCAGAAAAAGAUGAUUAUAAAGUAUUCAUAACAAGCUUUUUAUCAGGGUCCAUAUCAGGGACAAUAGCUGCAUUUUUCACAAACCCUUUCGAUGUAGGUAAGACAAGAUUACAAAUCACAAUGGAUGAAAAUCCAAACCAACAUAAGACCAAUAUGUUUAAAUUUUUAUAUAAUAUAUACAAGAGGGAAGGAAUAAGAGCAUUAUAUGCUGGUUUUGGACCAAGAGUAAUGAAAAUUGCACCUGCUUGUGCUAUAAUGAUAUCAUCUUAUGAAGUUGGUAAAAAAAUAUUUAAAAAUGUUAAUAGUAGUGGUAAUGGGAAUAAUCAUAAUAAUGGGAAUUAA